GUUUUCCUCACAAAUGGCUGACGAGGCACACUACCAGUCCGGCGGCGACUCCGCCACCACCACCAAACGCAAGUAUGAUGACUCCACAGCUCCACCUCCGCCCUCUUCUGCCCGCCGCCUCACUGGAUUCUCCGCUCCUUCUCUCUCUCCUGAUUCCGCUCCCUCUUACAACAGCGUGCCUCCCCCCAUGGACGAGAUCCAACUUGCUAAACAGAGGGCACAGGAGAUCGCAGCUCGUCUCUUUAACAACGCCGAGGCCAAGCGCCCUAAGUUCGAGAAUGGUGGCGGAGGUUUUGAUUCUAAUGAUAACAGAGACUUCAGCUCUGAUCUAGGACAGAAGCCCAUGUUGAAUACUGCUCCUUCGGUGCCUUCUUCUUAUGGCUAUGGAAACCCAAGCAAAAAAAUUGAGAUACCAAAUGGCAGGGUUGGUGUUAUUAUUGGAAAAGCUGGGGAAACUAUAAAGUACCUUCAGCUGCAAUCUGGAGCAAAGAUCCAGGUUACCAGGGAUAUGGAUGCAGACCCACAUUCGCUUACUAGAGAAGUUGAGCUGACAGGCUCUGCAGAAUCUAUAGCAAAGGCCGAGCAGUUGAUUAAAGAUGUGCUUGCUGAGGCUGAGUCAGGAGGUUCUGGUAUUGUUUCUCGAAGGGUGAGUGGUCAGCCAGGUGGGGCCGAACAGUUCGUGAUGCAAGUUCCAAACAACAAGGUUGGUCUUGUUAUUGGUAAAGGGGGUGAGACCAUAAAAAACAUGCAAGCCAGUACAGGAGCUCGUAUUCAGGUGAUACCACUACACUUGCCCCCUGGUGAUACAUCAACAGAGAGGACUGUACAGAUAGACGGAUCAAGUGAUCAGAUUGAGGCUGCAAAACAAAUGGUUAAUGAAGUAAUCAGUGAGAAUCGUCAAAGAAAUUCAAUGGGUGGUGGAUACAGUCAGCAAGGUUAUCAAGCUAGACCUCCCACAAGUUGGGCGCCUCAAAUGCAGCAACAGGGUUAUGGCUACACUCAACCUGGUGCAUACCCUGGUCAACCUACUCAGUAUACCCAACAACCAUAUGCUAGUUAUCCACAACAAGCUUCCACCGGAUGGGACCAGUCAACCACUCAGGCUCAGGGUGGUGGUGCUUAUGAUUACUAUGGUCAGCAACAAACUCCACAAACCCAAACACCUGAUGCAUCAGCUUAUGGUUACAACCAACAAGGUCAAGCUUAUGCCCAGGAUGGUUAUGGUGGGUAUGCAUCUGCACCUCAAUCAGGAUAUGAUCAACAAGGUUAUGGUAAUGCUCCCACUGAUGGGCAAACGGCUGCAUAUGGGGCUCAGGUUGAUAAUGCGAACCAAGCUCCUCCGCCAGCAUCUGCACCUCAAUCUGGUUAUGUCCAGCAGCCUGGCUCAAACCCUAGCUAUCCACCUCAAGGUUCUACUCACUCAGGGUAUGGGGCUCAGCCAGGAUAUAGUGGCUAUGGACCUCCACAGACACAAAAACCUCCGGUCAGUCAGCCUGCUUAUGGGCAGCCGCCACCCCAGCAGUCGCCUAGUGCUGGUGGAUAUGCUCAGCCUGCCCCAUAUCCUGGUGGAUAUGCUCAGCCUGAUGCUGGUGGUGGUCAGCGCCCUCCACCUACUACUUAUGGAUAUGGCCAACCACCACCCUAUGGUGCUACUCAGCCAGGCUAUGGGGCAGCGUAUGGAGGCUCUUAUGGCAGUGGUUAUCCCCAGCAACCACCUGCUUAUUCUUCGGAUGCAUCCCAGGUGGCUCAACCUAUUCCGAAAGCUUCACCUCAGCAGAAUUGACGACAUCGGGCAUCAGUAAGUGCUCUACAUUUUGGUGUUGGCGAAUUAGGUUUUGAUUAAUUGAUGGUAGGGGUUAUGUAGGUUGUAAUAGAGUUGAUGCUGCUUAAUGAUUUUGUUAAUUGGUGGAUUACCUAUAUCAUUAUCUGACAUGACAUGUUUUUAUGAUUUUGGUUAUUUCUUUUAUGAGAAGGAAUGAUGAUAUAAUUAAUGAGGAUAAUGGUUUGAUUUAAGG